UGGUUAGCAACAGUACUCAGGUAGUGCCAAUUGUAACAUCAGUUUCCUGUUCUUAGCUAACAGGAGUGUCCCCUGGUGUGGUCUUUUGCUGCUAUAGUAAGACGUGUUCAGAGAUGGUAUUCUACAUUCCUUGGUUGUAACCAGUGGUUAUUUGAGUUCCUGUUGCCUUUCUAUCAUCUCCAACCAGUCUGCCCAUUCUCCUCUGACCUCUCACAUCAGCAAGGCUUUUUCAUCCACAAACCUGUCACUUCCUCUUUUUCAGACUAUCUUCUGUAAACCCCAGUGAUGGUAGUGUGUGAAAAUCCCAGUAGAUCUGCAGUUUCUGAAAUACUCAGACCAACCGUGCCACAUACAAAGUCCCUUAAAUCCCCUUUCUUCCCCAUUCUGAUGCUCAGUUUGAACUUCAGCAAGUUGUCUUGACCAUGUCUACAUGAAUAAAUGCAUAGAGUUGCAACCAUGUGAUUGGCUGAUUAGUUAUUUGUGUUAACAAGCAACUGAAUAAUAUUCUUCAGAAUUGGUUUCACGCUCCAACAUGUAUCGUUGAACUGCUGCAAUAAUAAAACCUGCUGCCAUUAUGCAGUGCAAAGUACUUUAGUAGUGUUUGAGCAGAGUCAUGGGUGAGCUGGUGUGCUCGAGCUGUAGCUAGUAGGAAGGUGUGGAUGGAGAGAGAGAAGCAGGGACUUCAUAGAUCUGCUGAUUCUAGAGGAAGCAACAGUGCAGAGUUCCAUCUAAGCCAUUUUCAGACAGGAAAAUACUUCUAAAUGUGCAGCUCUGGUACACAGAGAUGAGUUGUAGGGGGUUGAUCAAUGACUAUAGAGAGACUUUAACAGAGAUUUUCCCCUCUUACUUUAAUUUAGUCCUUGACAAUGUAUUAAAAGUUGACUAAACAGUUAGUCUGUCCAUGUCAGAAUAAUAAUCUUCAAUGACAGAGGGCUAGAGCACAGAGAGAACACAGUACAUAAAUCUAUCUGGCACAGAUAAAUAAAUAUCUCGGAGAAGUCAAUAAAGUUUGCUGUAGUCUGUUUGCAGUGAGACCACUCUGAUAAAGGUGCUUUUUAGGGCGAACUGGUCCUUUAGAGGCAACACAUGCCUGUCAGACAGUACUGAGGGCUGCAGGUGAUGGCGGUGAUGGGCUGUCUGACAUUGCGGAAGGGUUAUUCCUGUAUCCUCCCAACCCUCCCCCUCACAACUACCCUGGAGGCAGGAAUAGCUUCUUAUCAACAGGAGCGGAGGGAACAGGCCCAUCGGAAGCCACCGGAGGACGGCGGAGAUCCCGAGAUGGCUCAGGCGAACAUCUCGGUGACGGAGAGCCAGUUCAGGUGUCCCAUCUGCCUGGAUAUCCUCAAGGACCCGGUGUCCAUCCCCUGCGGACACACCUACUGCAUGGCGUGCAUCAACAACUACUGGGACCAGGCGGAGUCGGGCCACUUCAGCUGCCCUCAGUGCCGGGAGACGUUCAGCCCUCGGCCGGUGCUGCGGAGGAACACGGUGCUCGCCGAGGUCGUCGACAAACUCAAGCUGAGCGAGAUGGUCGCGGCGCCGGAGCUCUACCUGGGGGGAGUCGGGGAGGUGCCGUGCGACUUCUGCCCGGCGGAGAGCAAGCUGAGGGCGGACAAGUCGUGCCUGGUGUGCCUGGCGUCCUUCUGCGAGGUCCACGUCCUGCCGCACCGGGACGUCGGCACUCUGCGGCGGCACAAGCUGGUGGCGGCGGUGGAGAGUCCGGCGGAGCGGCUGUGCGCUCAGCACCGGCUCGGGCUGGAGCCGGCGGGGAGCGGCUCGGAGGCGGAGGCCGCGGUGGAGUGGAGCGGGGACUGCCUGCUGUGCGAAGCCGACCAGGAAGAAGUGCACAGCAUGGACGCGCAGAGAGCCAGGAGACAGCUCCAGCUCCAGGAGUCUCAGAAGAUGGUUCAAGGGAGGAUCCGGGCUGGAGAGAGAGAGCUGGAGGAGUUUCAACAGAACUUGGAGUCUCUGAAGGUGUCAGCGUCGGCUGUUCUAGAGGACAGUGAAGCUCUGUUUGCUGACAUGGCUCUCCGUCUAGAGAAAACCAAGGCAGAGGUUCGAGCCAGGCUAGAGGCGAAGGAGCGAGCGGUGGUGGGGAGAGCCGAACGAGACAUAGAGAUGCUGGAGAAAGAGCUGGAGGAGCUGAGGAGGAGGGAUGAGGAGAUCAGCCAGCUGCUGCAGUCCGAGGACAAUGCCCAGUUCUUACAGGCGGCUCCACUGCUCUGCGUCCCUCUCACCACUGGUCGGCACUCCAGAGCCCUCAGCCUGCCCACAGAGGCCUUCAGUGGUGCCAGAAGAGCACUGUGUCACCUCCGCAGCCACAUGGAGGAGGUCUGCAGGGAGGAGGUCGACAAGAUCAGUCGUGCAGUUAAUGAGAACUACGUGGCUGGUGGAGAGUGUGUGAAAGGUGGCCAAAGUCACAGUGUGGAGAAUUCCAAACCUCUGCAACCAACACUAUCUGCAGGGCAACAUGCCAGUAGGGCAGUGCCAUUGUCCUUCCCGCUGUCCUCUUUGUCUCUGCAACUGGCUGAUCAGAGGAUGAGGGCAGCUUUUCUCAGGUUUUCAUGUCGUCUGUCCUUAGACCCCGAUACAGCCCACCCCACACUGGUCCUCCUGGAGGGUCCCCAAGGUGCCCAUUGUGGCGAGGAGCCGCAGUCCUACCCCCCUCAUCCGCAGCGCUUUGAUUCAGUGGCACAAGUCCUAUGCAGGGAGGGCCAAUUUGGUGGUGCCAGCUACUGGGAGGUGGAGUGGAGGGGCGGAGGAUGGGUCGACAUAGGCGUCACCUACCGAGGCAUCGGGCGCAAAGGUGGUGGAAAGCCCUGCCUGCUCGGUCGCAACGAGAACUCUUGGCGGCUGAGGUGUACACAUGCUGGAUACGCCGCAUGGCACGAUAACCGUAAGACCACUGUGGCUGCACCACCCUGCCCCAGGAUUGGCGUGUUCCUGGAGCGCCAGAAAGGAGCGUUGUCCUUCUACAGCGUGUCGGACACCAUGCUGCUCCUGCACACUUUUCGUUGCCCGUUCUCUCAGCCGCUGUACCCGGCCUUCCGUCUGGACCUGGACUCCACCCUGCUCAUCUGCCCCCAUGAUGGAGCCAGUGGGAAUCCAACCUAAGUAUGUCCCCCUCCUCAGCCAGGCCUCUUCAUUUACCUGCUGCAGGAAAGGGCUGUUCUCUCUGAUAAUGGAUAUGAACUCUAAAAAUACAACUGAGGAGGAUGAUUGUCCAGAACACCAUCAGGACAAAACAUCACAGUCAGGAAUCAAACACUUUCCUUUUUGUUUAGUCUCUUCUUCUGUCUUUUCUGUGUUUAUUUCCUUUGAUUGUAAAAUAUUCUGUUGGGAUCACCAUCAGGCUGAGCUGUACAAUGAAUACUACAGCUGAAUUUUCAACAUUUGGUAUUUUUCACAGUUUACAUUAUGACUCAUCACAGGAAAAGCACUGGUGUUACCAACAUGAGCACCGGGUCAAAGAGCCAACAUAUAAAAUAUCAAUAUGCUGACCUUAUUAUUCUCAUUUGCAUAUUUACACCUAUGAUUUUCCAAUUGUGCCAUGUCAAAGUGUCUGCUGAGAAAAAGGUCCAUUCCAAAGAGUCACUGAGGAAAAAAAGUCAGAGCCCAUAGUCCAAGGACAGAGGGACUCGCUGUCCAGAUUGCAAACCCCCCUGAGACAGGUUUCUGAUUUGUGCCGGUGGGCUUUAUAAAUGAGCGGGUCGAUAUUUCUCACAUAUUUCUUUAGUCUGAAUCAACAAUACAAAGACACUACUCAGUAUUUCUACUGUUUUUGUUGAGCUAAAAAUAACAGUACAUUUAUGUGAAAGUUUUUUUUUUCUCUUUUUUUUAUCUCCCACUCUGACAUGGCGUGACAUAUCAAACCUCACGUGAUUUUUCAUCAUGAACCUGCAAAAGUGACCUCAGCUGCAGAUUCAGACAAAUGAAAUGCCAUAUUUUAGCUUUGCAGUAAGCAUUUAUUUUUCUUUAGGUGAUGUUUGUCGUGUUUUUAGGCUGCUGGACGACAUUUUCUUUUAUGUGUGUUCCUGGCAUUGGAGGUUUACCUUUAAGGUGAAAUACCGUGAAUGAAAGGAACAGUUUGAUAAACGUAGAAGACACGUGCUUUUUUGCUGUCUUGUUAGAGUUAGAGAAGACUAUUGUGGCAAUUCUCCUGCCAGUUAGCAUAUAAACUAGAAACGGGGAACCAGUUAGUUCAGAUCUGUUACAAACAAAAAACUAAAUGAAGUUAAUGUUUUUACCUUGUGGUUUUUUGAGGAAUUACCGAGCUUUAGGGAUUCUAGUAGCUGGAUAUGUUACCUUUAAAUAGAACCAGAGUUGCUGUUUCCCUGUUUCCAGUCUGUUUGCUAAGCUAACUGUCAAUCUGCUCCUUUGAGGCUCCAGACACAUGGUAGGUCUUCAUUCUCAAUUCUCAGAUGUCUAAGGACGAUCUUAUCUAUCAGUAUACGGCCAUGUUUAUUAAUAUGAUAAUAAAUUUGAAUUUGAAGCUGUGUUUCAAAAGGCAUACGUACAGAGUAGGGCUGAAUAUUGUGGGGAAAAUAUCCAUAUUGUCUGACAGCUGUUGUGAUUGCAAUUUGAUUAGCAUUAUACAUUUUUCAAAGCACAGCAGUGAAGAAAUGCCAUCAAACCUUUGAAGGAGGACAGCAUGAGUUUGUGAAACCGUUGACACAACAGUUCAAAAAAAUAAAAGGCAUCUCCUAGCUAAUGCUGUUUCAGGCAAGCUACAUAAACCGCCACUACUUGGAAAUAAUUUGGUGACUAAUUUAGAGUUUUAGGCAUUAAAUGUGAGGAAACUUUCAACAAUGAUGCAAUGAACAGUUGCAUUAAGUCAAUAUUUAGUGUGAUCACCCAUUGCCAGCACUAGGUAUUGGUACUUGGCUUGUUCGUUGUGGACUUAGUCUGUCCCAGAGUUCUCUGUUUCUUCACCAACUCUGUGACUCCAAUAUCUUGAUAUCAGCGCUCCAUACCAUCUGUAGCAGCACUCCUUGUUUUUCUUCUUGCUGAAAAUAGUUCUUUGAGACUCUGGCUGAGUAUGUGGGGUCACUGUCAUGCUGCAGAAUGAAUUUGGGACCGAUCAGAUGCCUUUACUAACUGUACUGUGUUAUGGAUGAAAUCUAAACAUCUAAGUGCCUAAACGUUUGCACAGUACCAUACUUACUAUCACUGCAGCACUGAGCAGGAAACUGUCAGAUAAAUGUACUUUGCAUGCUUCCAAAUCUAAUUUUUUGAUAUAUCCAGUCAUAUCUACUCACAUCUAGUCCUGUCAAUACUUCAUAUCCACUUCACAUCCAUUCUAUCAAGGUAGAUUUGGAAAUCAAGACUUUCACAUCAGUUGUGGGUUAAAUAUUAAAUUUUAAGUGCCACUGAUUCUGCCACCUUCAACUCUUAACUCCUGUGUUCUUCUGGAAACAGUUUGAUUGUAGCAUGACAAGGAUCCACUUGCAACUUUAAUUGUAAUGUAAUUUCAAGUGUGCGAGUGACCUUGCCUCGCCUAUGAAUGGAUGCCAUUGUAGCCACUGCCUUCCUUGCAUUAAGUCGUUGUUAUGCUGAUGUUUUCUUUUUAAAAGGUGCUUUUCCAGAUGAUUAUGAUCACUUGACCGAUCACUGUGUGAGGCCUUUAAACCAAGCUAUUUAAAAAGUGAAAAUGUAUCAACAAUAUCAACUCCAAAGACACAACAAAAUCAUGCAGCAACAUCAAAUUAUUAACAUUUUUCAAAACCGAGAGCUUGACGAGUAACAGAAACCUUACUACGUGUACUACUAACAUUUUUGCCGUGAAGUGCAUUAUUUCACAAACUGUAGGACUACAACAUGAAGUCAACUCUGUAAAAUAUCCUGGUAUCAUCUUUGUCCACCUGUUAACUCACUGUGCUUCUGUUGUUCGUGUGUUUGUAAAAUGUGUUGUAUUUGAGUGUUGCUUUUUCAAAGAUGAGUUUAUUUCACGUUUACUGCAAUAAAGUGAUCCAUAGAAGUCUGAA